ACGUGACAGGUAAUGGGUGGGGCUUUUGGCACACCGGAUACUUUGGCCUGACUUCAAAACAAGCUACAGGGAUACAGGAUGAACCCGAGGCAGCGCAGUGCAUCUCCUAACGAGACGCCACAGGUCUGGAUCCAAAUGUGAUGGCCAUUCUCAGGGGGAGGUGGGUUCUGUCCAUCCUGCUGGUCCAUGUACAGACUCCUUUAGCUGCAACAGGUCCUCCUGCUCCUCCCUCUGAUCUUGAGUGCUUUAAGCCAUGUGAUGAGAAAAGCUGCAGUGCAGAUAUCCACUGUAUUUGGGGUCCAGAACCGGACCCUCAGAGAAACACCAGCUACAGCCUGCACUGGGAGCCAACAAACAGCGAGCAGGGGUAUGUGACCAGCCUGAACAACUCAGCAGUUAUCUAUCGUGAACACUUCCUCAACCACGGACAACUUCGAGUUUGGGUCGAGGCUCAGAACAAGCAUGGUUCUGCCAAAUCUGAGGGCAAAGAGUUCAACACAGCAGAUAUCAUCAAGCCCCCCCCUCCUAUUAUCACACUGAAACCGCAGGAGCCAUUAGUGAUUGAUUGGCAUUCCUUCUGUGCUGAGCUGGAUCUCUCCAUGGAAACCUGUGAAGUCCAAUAUUGGGUUAAGGGAAACCAAGUUUGGCUUAAGCAUGAGGAUGGAUACCUUCACACCUAUACACUUGACAACCCCCUGCCUUGCACAGUCUAUGAAUUUCACGUUCGUUGUGCAUGUAGCAUAGGGUUAAAAAGUAACUGGAGUACAAGCCACAGCUUGAGUGCAGCAAAGGCCCCUAAAGGCAAAUUGGAUAUAUGGAUGGACUGUGGGCUAUUCCCUGCAAGCUUCAACUGUACUCUAACCUGGAAGAUGCUUCCUUUAUCCCAGGCAUGCGGUGUCAUUGUGGGAUAUGAAGUUAAACUGUUUUACAAUAAUUCUACAUGGAUACUGUUGAAUGUGUCUACAGCUGAGCCAAGAGACCUGCUGUGGUGCAAUGAGACACAGUGCCACCUUAACCACUCUCUAAAGAAUGUAUCAUCAGUCAGUGCAUCAGCCCUCAACUCUCAUGGUGCCACAGCUCCAUCUCAUGUAGCUAUGCCAACACCAGGUAAAGAUGAAGAUGUAAAAACAUUAAACCUCAAGAUGAAUGAAGCGAACCUCACUGUUACCUGGGAUCUGACCUCGAAGCCCCUCUAUAAACUGAAGGAAUAUGUGGUGCAGUACAAACAAGUGGGGUCACCUCUAGGCAAAGGAUUCGAUUGGGUCAAAGUGACCAAUAGCCAGACCACAGUGUUUUUUGAAGGUCAAUUUAACAAGUAUACUCCCUUCCAAGUGUCACUGUUCUCAAUAUCCCACAGCAUGACAGUCCGUCACCUUUCAUCAGUCAUUGGAUAUUCUCAUGAAGGAAUUCCCUCCAGUCCGCCAUCGUUUCAGGCAUUAUCUAUCGGUGACACUUGGGUGACCCUGUUUUGGUCGGCUGUUCCAUUAUCCAAGCAGAAUGGGGUGAUCCAGUACUACCAAAUAGGUUUAGGCAAAGAAAACGUGAACAAUGUGAGUGCAUCCCCACAGAGUCAAAAUGAGACUUUUAAACUGAAGCAUCUGAGUCCAGGUCAGGAUUAUGAGGUGUGGAUAAGAGCUAUGAACAAGGCCGGGCCCGGAGCAAAUGCCACCACAACGUUCAAAACUCAACAGAGGGAAAAUGAUGAUUAUUUAAUACUCAAGCUGCUUCUACUAAUGUUUGUGGUUAUAUGUCUUGUGUUAUUCUGUCUUACUUUUUUGUAUGUAGCACUGAACAAAAUGUGUCCAUGGGUGGCUUAUUUGUUCAAUGAGAAAGUGCCAGAUCCCCGCAACAGCCACAUCUUCAGAGGGAUGAAGCACCAGAUUAAUGACCCAUUUGCUUUGAUCUGCAUACCCAUCCACGAGCCACUUCCCAAUAUCUCUGUUCUGGAGGUUGUUAAAAUCCUGCCUGAUGCUUUGAGGUCCACCCCAAAGGAGACCUCAGACCAAGAUGAGUUCACUGGGCCAUUGGGGAGAGAUGGGAUUUCACGAAUGAACGGCCAAGAUGAGCAGAGCAAGGAUGCUGUCACAGGGGAGGGUGGCAGGACAGACCGCAGAUAUGGACGAGAGGAGUACAGCAAGAUGGUCGACUCUGAUGAGGAGAGGGACAGAGAGAAGGACAAGGAUGAUUGUUGGAGCUCAUCAGAGGAAGACCAGUUUACAUCAGGUUAUGAAAAGCACUUCAUGCCCACUGCUUUGGAAGUACUGGAAGUUUGAUGAUGUGUCCAUAUUGCUCAGUGGACAUUUACCUCAAAUGUGUUUUUAUUAUAAUGCUGAAAUUACAUUUUUAGAUGAUGACCUCUGGGCAGGUUUCUAUAGCCUUCCUCUGCAGGACCCUGGAGGCUGGACAUGUUUAUUCUGAUAUUUGAUUCAUGAUUUAAUCAUCAUGUUGGUUUCCUGUUUCAGUUACAAUAUGUGUAGUUCCCCAUUUUGUCUUUGUCUUGAGUCUGGUUGUGAGAAUAAAAAGCCAAAAUAUGUUUUUUUAAGAGGCAGAAAUUAUAAAAAUGUUUCUACAAACAGA